CGCACACACACGCAAAGAGAGAGAGAGAGCUCGUGGUGAGUCAUAUCGUUGGUCAUCGCUAUAGGUGAUUUCUGGGAAUAAAAGCAUGAUAGAGGUGCGAUCUAGGAGCUCCACCCCGUAGUAACAUCAGCACCAGCAUCACUAUCCUCCUCAAAGGGCAUGAGAGAGGACGCACGCGGACUGUCGACCUGCUGCACGCGCCCUGCCGUAGCGUUCAUGCAUCACAUCUGAAUGCUAAUAUGAGGGAGCCUAUGGUGUGCUGAAGGACUUCUGGAUACCGCUGAUUUACUGGACAAGUAGCAUGCCCGGCAUGCGCUAAGCCCAUCCAUAGCGUACUGAGAGAGCGCAUCAACGUCAAAGCCAGGAGGUCGACCAUGGCCUCCAACUCAGAUGCACUGCUGCAGUACCACCAGACUGUCUGUGCCCGCCAGCGCCCCCACUGCACAUGGAGGAAGUGUCGGCCUGCAAGGGUACUCGGCCUCCUCAUUGCUCUCGUAGCAAUAAGUGCAGUGGCCUUUUUGUGGCCCCGGCCUUCCCAGUGGGAAGAGCUACAGAGCCACACACCACACAGGACUCUGCUGUCCACACACCUGGGAAACCUCUCAGAGGACACGCCCGUGGCCAUGCGCUCAUCCGUGCAGUCGAAUGAAAGUCAGGGGGACUACCCGACUGACCUGUUCAGCCUAGAGGACCGCAGACGGGGCGCGGUGAUACUGCACAUGCUCGGAAUGAUGUACAUGUUCAUUGCCCUUGCCCUUGUGUGCGACGAGUUCUUCGUUCCAGCGCUGACCGUCAUCACUGAAAAACUCACAAUCUCAGACGAUGUUGCAGGCGCCACAUUCAUGGCAGCCGGGGGCUCGGCUCCCGAGCUCUUCACUUCUGUCAUUGGCGUCUUCAUUUCCCACAGUAACGUGGGCAUCGGGACCAUUGUUGGCUCUGCGGUGUUCAACAUCCUGUUCGUCAUUGGGAUGUGUGCCGUUUUCUCUAAAGAGAUCCUGAACCUGACGUGGUGGCCUCUGUUCAGGGAUGUCUUCUUCUACAUUGUUGGCCUCAUCAUGCUUAUUGUUUUCUUCCUGGAUAACUACAUUACAUACUGGGAGAGCAUUAGUCUGCUGCUGGCCUAUGCUUGCUAUGUUGUGUUCAUGAAGUUCAAUGGAAAUGUAGAGACUCUGGUCAAGGGCAUCAUUUACAGAAACCAGGUCGUAGAGGUGGAGGCUCAACCGAAGCUGAGCCCAAAUGGAGUGGAAGAUGACAGCAAAGUGUCGGCUAAACCCCGGCUUCAGAGAGGAGGAAGCUCCGCUUCGUUACACAACAGCCUGAUGAGAAACAGCAUCUUUCAGCUAAUGAUCCACACGCUUGACCCUUUGAGCGAAGAAUUCGCUGACUCUGAACUGGGGACUUAUGGCAAGCUAAAAUAUUAUCACUCAAUGACCGAAGAAGGAAAGUUCCGCGAAAAGGCUUCCAUCCUUCACAAAAUUGCCAAAAAGAAAUGCCAGGUGGAGGAUUCAAAUGGGGUUGCUGAUAAAAAUUUGCCGAACAGCUCAAGUGUGGAGGUGGAUGUGACCCCACCCAUGAACGGCACUGCUGGGCCGGACGGUGAAACGGGUGAAGAAGACGAUGAGGAAGAUCAGCCUCUUAGCCUCUCGUGGCCAGAGAGCGGCCGUAAGCGCUUCACAUACCUUUUACUCCUACCUAUCAUCAUCCCUCUGUGGAUAACUCUGCCAGAUGUGAGGAAGCCGACUUCCAAAAAAUUUUUUCCCAUCACAUUUCUGGGGGCAAUUUGCUGGAUUGCUGCCUUCUCAUACUUGAUGGUCUGGUGGGCUCACCAGGUUGGAGAGACUAUAGGCAUCACAGAGGAGAUCAUGGGACUGACCAUUCUAGCGGCUGGAACCUCAAUCCCUGAUCUCAUCACAAGUGUUAUAGUAGCACGGAAGGGUCUUGGGGACAUGGCGGUGUCCAGCUCUGUGGGCUCUAACAUAUUCGACAUUACUGUGGGGUUACCGUUCCCAUGGCUGCUAUAUUCCAUCAUAAACAAUAUGGUUCCAGUAAGGGUGAGCAGUAAUGGUCUGUUCUGUGCCAUCGUGCUGCUCUUCAUCAUGCUCAUCUUCGUCAUCAUCUCCAUCGCCGCCUGUAAGUGGAAAAUGAGCAAACUGCUGGGCUUCAUCAUGUUCCUUCUCUAUAUUGUCUUCCUGGUGGUCAGCGUUCUGUUGGAGAACAAGUCUAUUGUCUGCCCUAUCUCCGUCUAGCCACCUGUCUUCUUCACACGCAAACACACACAUCUUCAUGAAGCUAAAGACACUUCAUACAAGUAUGUUCUCUGUGACAUCACAUCUUUUCAUUAGGUGUGGUUGAAAAUAUCGAUUCAAACAUGAAUCGCGAUUCAGUCCUCUAGCGACUCUUAUCGAUUCACAGAUUUCACAAAAUCGAUUUUCUAGUUAAUAUAAAAAUUGUUGAUGUUAUCGGAACAAAACAGGUGGAUUAUUUUGGGGUGCCGCACCCGUACAGUCGAGAGACUACACAGCCUCAGCUCAGCAACAGCGAUGGCGGGGGUUAAAGAAAUACACCAGGGCUCCAGACUGCAACUAAAAACGAAACUUGUUCUUUGACAAGUAGGCCUACUCUCGCAUGUGCGACCUAUAUAUUUGCAAUUUCUUGUAUUUUUUUCAUGUGGAACGACAAGAAGAAACGCCAGCACGCCACCAGUGCAGGCUGUGUUUGAUAGUCAACUGCGCGUGCAUGGGUCACUCACAUGUCACUGGAGUUUACCGCUGGCACAGACACGCACGCGCACAAUCCAGAUCCUCAUUGACAAGUUUAUAAACGCACAACGUGAGCGCAUUACUACGAGUUGCUGUUUUCUGUAUCUGAUUUCUUGAGCCCACGGACAAACGAUUUGAUGUAGGAGACGUUUAAAACGAAACUUUCCGCGGAGGUGUUCAGAAAACGUAAUUUAUCUGUGGAUUACUUGAGAGACAUCUCUGAAUCAUUUUAAAUCCGUUCACUGCAAGAAACAUCGACAGGCGAAUGUUUUGUUAAGCUUUAUUUGACGUUACGUGUUGUGAACAUGAGGAAAAGUGUCCUUAAUACACAAUACAAUCAUCGUAAGAACAUAACACGAAGCCUUCCAUUUGCUUUAAUGUCUAACACUGUAAACAAUUAAAUUACAUACUUUUUGACAAUCACAAUUUCUGUAGGUUCAAAUGAAUUCAGAUUACAGUCUCUCUAUAUAGCACCUAUCAAUAACGAAGUUGCUCUGUAGACAUUGCCUCUUUUUAAAUAGCAGAAUCAAAUCUGCUGUCAUCAAUUUAUUUUUCAGUACCAGUAAUACAGUUAUUUUGAGGAACAUGUGAAUAAAUGCAUUGCUGACUGAUUUAAGGUGUGCCCCUUAAAUUUUUUGCUUGCGCUCCUAAAAAUUUCGGUUAGGGGCUACAGUGCUCCUAGUAAAAAAAUCGUCUUGCAGGUUUUUGGAAAUACUUUGGAUUUGAUCAACUCUAUUGUAAGAAGGAGCUUGACAAGACUUAUUUGUAAAACGAUGAUGACACUUUUUUGAGAACACUAAACGUAAAGACUCACAUCGAACGCCAUCAUGCCACCAAAAUUGAAUAAAAUCUAAAUAUAUAAGAAUACAAUUUUGAGGAAGAAUCGUUUAUUAAAAAUCGAAAAACCGUGAAUCGUUUUAAAAUCCUAUCGUGACCCAAAGAAUCGAGAUUAAAUCAAAUCGUGAGGUACCAAAAGAUUCCCACCCCUACUUUUCAUCCAACAUCAAUCCAACUACGUGAAACACAGGACUCCUUACAACAAGGAGUGUAAAAAAUAUUCUAUUAAACCAAAUCGAGCAACAUGAAAGUUUUUGUGUUACUAAAUGGUUUUAAUAUCCUGCUUCUAUGUUUUAUGCUCUCUGCAGGGUGCACUAAAGAUUUAUAACCACACAGACGUUUGGUCAUUUCUCAGUCUCUGUAGGGCGCUCUUACAUGCUGUGAACAUGCGGCAUCACUGACUAAUACCAUAGAGAGUUCAUACAGUGCAGGGAUUUGACGACAGUUACAACGAGCCAAAUAGUUUUUCAGCAUUUAUUAAUACUUGUUAAUGUUAGUUAAUAGUGAAUGGUUCAUUAAUUAACAGAUACAAUGUUUUAUUUUUUCAAGAUGUAUUUAAAAAUGCUGAAAUUGAUAUGAACUAGAUUAAUAAAUGCUGUAAAAGUAUUGAAGCAUUGUUAGUACAUGGUAGCGAAUGCUUUAACUAAUUGUUAACAAAUAGUGUUACCGAAAAUUCCUUCCCUUCUCUAAUAAUGUUUCGUCUACUUAUUGCGUAUUAUUAAUUUAUUUAAUUAUAUAACUAUGUAAAUUUUUAACAACACAACCGUUACAUGCCUAACUCCAAAUAUAUAACAGUCAAUAUCUGAUUGGUGGUUAAUUUGAGACGGAAUGGAUGAAUGUGAUCAUGUGUUGAUCGUGUUUAAACAAAAAACACUUCUGGUCCUACAGCGGUAUUAGUGCUAACCCCAAGUAUUUGAGUGCUUUAUUUUGUCACCUAAUAUUUCACGAGGUCUCAUUUGCUGGCUUUCAAGGGCACCGGUAACCCCUUCACUAAAGCCUGUACAAGUGAUUUGCAAUACAGUGGCAAAGAACGUCUUUAAAUGGAUGCAGAACGUCAAUCAAGAAACACUGAUCUAAAUAUUAUUUUAUCUGCUUGUGUGUCAAGAGGCCAAGAAACAUAAUUGGACGCAUUGUGAUGUAUGAUUCCUCAUCUGUAAAUGGCUGCCAUUGAAGCUCAACUUUCGGUUUUAAGAGAUUUUAAAAUUCUGCAAAGUUCGGAACACUUUUGUUCAUAUAGGAGUUCAGCUGCAGUGUCGAUUGUGGUCGUACACCAACUGUUCAAAAACGCCUCGUGCACUAGAGGAUUCUACAAAAUGAAAUGCAAAAAGUAUAGGUAUGAAAGAGCAACCUUAGUAUGCGCUCAUCUAUGAAAAAAAACAUGUUAAAUAAUAAUACAAAGGGAUAUGUGUAGGUGCUUAUAGUCUGUAGUUAGGUGUUAAAAUAACAUUUAGACAUAUAUUAGGCACUCAAAGCUGCUAAAACCAUAUGCACGGAUUUCCCUAAAUAGUAGGUCUCUGUGUUUUUGGACUGGACCUCUCUGCCUGUCAGAAAUUCUACAAUCUAAAGCAGUCGAAAAUACAUGCAUGGAAAAGUGUAGUUUAAAUUCAAAUGUUAAUUCAACCUGUGCUCAUUGCUUUACUGUAAGGCUAAAAGAUAACACAUUUACCUACUAAUAAAAAUAGUCUUUUGGUAACAAAAGAGAGUUAAUGUGUUAGCGCUGUUUAAAGUUAUUCUAGCUAUGUAUAAUCACAAGCCUUUACAAAUAGCGCAAUUCAUGUUCCUUCUAAAGGUGCUUUAGGAUAUAAUCUGUACAGAGACACUUGAACUAAUAUAGACACAAAACUCACUGAUGAAUACUACUCACAAAUAACAUAACAGUACACAAGCAUGAAAUCAUUUUUUAUUUGUGGAGGCAGAAUCUCUUUAAAUACAUAUAUUAAACUAUUUGCUCUCUGUAUUUAUUAUGAAUAUUUUGAUGUGAUAUGCUCAGAAAACCUACACACAGCUGACCAUCUUUUACAAUGUACCUUUACUUUGUAUAUUCUGCCCUCUGGUGGGGAAUGAGAAGUGUUUUCACGCAUCGUGCUCUAUAUUACCACUCCCCAAGUAAUAUGCAUAUAUAAAAUGAAUUAUUUUUACUUAUUAGAAGCAUUAAUGAGUUCACUGCUUGUUUAUUUGUUUAGAAGAUUGAUAAACAAAACAUGAUUUAUUUUCUAGAGAUAGCGAAGAUGUAUUUUUGUCCCAAAAUGUUGACAACUGUACAACUAUUUAUUUUAUUUAUUUAUUCAUCAGACAUACAUUUAACUUAUAUAAGCUAAAAUAGACUUUACAAUUUCUUCAAUGUUUUUUGUAAAUGGAUGAUGUCAAUAGGAAUGUUACUGGUAAGCAAUGUAGCCCUUUCCAGGCAUUUGGAAUAGUUUUUACCAUUUUCUUUCCCCCAAACUAAAACUGAUCUAAAAUGUAUCAUCAGUAGUUCUUUACAACCCUUAUGUCAUAGGCCAUACAUACUACUACAGUAUUUAUUUCCUUCACUUGCAUCUGCUUUUCAAAAUUAUUUUGUAUUUAUUUUUAAAUAUCUGUUCUGUCUUACAAGAGGGCUGUAUAACUACUCAAUAGUUACGUGCUUACCCUGUUUUACCUUUCUCUUGUGUUCAGGCAGGGUUUUGACUUUUCAACUGUCUCCUGGUUGUCAAAUUCUCAUUGAAAGCACUUUGCAUUGACAUGUGUUUGUUUUUUUGUUUUCCUGCUCAUGACAGAUUUAUGGCUUUUAUUUUCUUCUGUUGAAUGAUAAAUCUGAAAGCUUGCCCUGAAUUUAUAUUAUGGAAGUUAUUAUACAGUGGAUUUAAGUAUGUUCAGCCGUCAUACAUACAUUAAUCCCUCUGUGCUUGUAGAAAAUUUAACAUCAUUAUAAUCACUUUAUGACAGAGCCCGAUUUUGAUCUCUUCCUGGCUUCUCAGAGUUUACUGUCACUGUCUCCACUGUUGUCUUUCUUUAAGAGCAUAUGCAAACAGGACUUUUUUAAAUUCAAUUCACACCUGGUCAUAGACACAGCAUGUUAAAGCAUCUCCAUCGUUCAAUGUUUAAUGUUCCAUUUCCCUAGUGUUCAUAUGAGUCAUCUAAACAGUACAGCUAUACAGACACUAAUACAAUUGUACAAUCAGAGUAUAGAGAAUAUGUUUAUGUAAAUGCAAUGUAAUAAAAUGAAUAAAGGCACAUAUACUGUA